CUUUGAUAAACGUGGAAUUGGUUUUGCAGAGUACGAGUGGAACGUAUAAAUGUUUUAAAAUCAAGGAGCUGAUAUGAAGAGAGCUGCCAGGGCUUGUGGGAUGAUGGCUCCUUUACACCGAAGUUUGUGGCGAAGAAGUUGGAUGCUACUGGUGUACGUGGGCAUGGAAAUGCUAACGCUAAACGUCCCAGUUGCCAUGGGAACCCUCGAGCUUCAGCUGGACGAGGAACAGCCAGCGAGCACAAUCGUGGGUGACAUUAGUGCGGGACUACCACCAGGGGUCACUGCAUCUUUAUACUUUAUUUCGGAUCACGAAGGGACGGGCGUCAGUACCGAUCUGGACAUUGAUGAAAGUACUGGGAUUAUCAAAACUGCAAAAGUUCUUGAUCGUGAGCUUCGAGAUCGCUACAAUUUUAUUGCAGUUACUAUGACAGGUGUGACGGUGGAAGUUACCAUUAAGGUGAAUGAUAUAAAUGACCAUGCACCAACAUUCCAGAAGAAACGCUCCACUUUUACCAUCGCGGAGCAAACGGCUAUUGGGACGAGAUUUCCGAUUGAGCCAGCUCUUGAUGCGGAUAGGGGCCAGCUGACUACGCAAGGCUACCUAAUCAAAGAUGGCAACUUUGCACAAGCUUUCACCUUAGAAACCAGAAGAGGAAGCAAUGAGGUCCUCUAUCUAGAUUUGGUCGUUAAUGUGAUUCUUGACAGAGAGAAACGUGCCACCUAUACGUUAUCCUUAGAAGCAUUCGAUGGUGGUUCCCCAAAAAGAACAGAUCAGAUGAUUUUGGAUAUUACCAUUCAAGAUAUCAACGACAAUGCUCCCGUUUUCAACCAGAGCCGCUACCAUGCCAUAAUAUCGGAGAACCUACAACCAGGAAGCAACAUCUUACAGGUUUUUGCGACCGAUGCAGAUGAAGGAAGCAACAGCUUGGUUUUGUAUGAAAUUAACAGACGACAAAGUGACCCUGAUCGUUAUUUUGUCAUCAAUCCACUAUCUGGAAUUAUAACUCUUAACAAAGCAUUGGAUUUUGAAAUGAGAAGAGUUCAUGAGCUGGUUGUUCAAGCUCAAGACAACGCAACACAGCCUGAGGUAACCAAUGCUUUUGUGACAAUACAUGUUCGUGAUUACAACGACAACCAACCUACGAUGACCAUAAUUUUUCUUAGCGAGGAUGGGUCUCCAAGGAUAUCGGAAGGUGCUCAACCUGGACAGUACGUUGCUAGAAUUUCUGUAACUGACCCCGAUUAUGGGGAGUACGCUAACGUCAAUGUCUCCCUUGAAGGCGGAGAUGGCAAAUUUGGAUUGACGACCAAGGAUAGCAUUAUUUAUCUGAUGUGUGUCGACCAAAUUUUAGAUCGGGAAGAACGAGACAGAUAUGAACUUAGGGUUACAGCAACGGAUGCAGGAACUCCACCGCUAAGAGCUGAAUCUUCUUUUACCAUCCAGAUUAUAGAUGUCAAUGAUAACCCUCCAUUGUUUGACCAACCAGUUUAUCGUCAAACAAUACCCGAAGUUGUUUUUCCAGGAAGCUUUGUCUUACAAGUUACAGCAAGGGACAAAGACCAAGGACCAAAUGGUGAUAUCAGUUACAGCAUCUUGCAAGACCCAGAUUGCUAUGCUAGCUGGUUUAACAUAGACUCCAGUACUGGAAUUAUAACCACGCUUUCUCAGUUGGAUUAUGAAAAAAACCCCAACCCGAGUAUAACUGUCCUGGCAACAGAUGGAGGCAAACCGCCGCUGUCUUCCACUGCGGUCGUCAACAUCAACCUACAGGAUAUUAAUGAUAAUGAACCCGCUUUUGACAAGAACUCCUACAACGUGUCUGUCAAGGAAGAUGCGGCGCCAGGGACAUGCAUUCUAGAGGUAACAGCCACAGACGCAGACACCGGUUCCUUUGGCUCCCUCUCAUACUCCCUCAGCCCCAGCUUUCCUCUCUUCAGUAUUCACAAAAGUAGAGGUCAGAUCUGCACCACGGCGGCUCUGGACCGAGACCAGGGUCCCACCAGCUACGACCUCACAGUGACUGCAGUGGAUGGGGGCGGACUGAGCGCGUUGGCUUAUGUGAGGGUGGAUGUGGGUGACAUCAACGACAACACACCAAUCUUCUAUCCCCUGAUGUACGCGGUCAGUCUGAGCACCCAGAGCACCCCAGGGACCUCUGUGCUAAGAGUGACAGCACAUGACCCCGAUUCAGGCGAGCACGGGCGGGUCACCUACAGGACAGUACCAGGAGGGGCAUCGCCGUACUUUACUCUGAACAAAGAUACAGGUGUCAUCUCCCUAUCACGCUCUGUCUAUGGGAAGGCCAACUCUGUCAUCGCCAUGGUGAUCUCGGCACAGGACGGAGGGGGUCUACAGGCCCCUGUGCACGCACGGGUCAACAUCAGUGUGGUGGCAGGCCUGGUGGAGCCCCCUGUCUUCCAGCAGGCACAGUACUACUUCACUGUGUCCGAGGACGUGCUCCGAGGGACUGUGGUGGGGGUAGUACAGGCAAGCACUAAGACAGGUACUUCUAAAGACAUCUCCUACACCAUCAGCUCUGGAGACCCUGCAGGCUACUUCACUGUGGACCCUGACACCGGAGCUCUGAGAACCAACCGCUCCUUGGACCAUGAAGCACAGCCGUCUUCAGACCUAGAAGUCCAGGCUCGGAGCGGCACCCCCCCCGCCUUCGGACAAACACGAGUCCACAUCACCAUCUCCGAUGUCAACGACAACCCUCCCAACUUCCUCGCCUCCUCUUCUGAAUCCUUACUCCUAUCGGAACACACUGAAAUUGGAUCUGUCGUGUACUGCAUCCUUGCUGAAGAUUUGGACUCAGGCAUUAACGGGCAUAUCACUUUUGAGCUUGCAUCGCCGGUUGGAAUACAAAGAACAUUUAGCUUGGACCGUGGAACUGGCGAAAUCCGAUUGGUUGGGAGUUUAAAUUUCGAAAAAAUCCCGCGUUACGAUCUACAAGUUGUCGCCAAGGACAACGGAGUCCCCCAACUUAGUGCGACAUUCAUGCUAUUGGUGCACGUGCAAGCCGAGAACAAUCAUGGACCCGUUUUCGACACACUAACGUACCGCGUCGAGUUAAAGGAAGGAACACCAAUCAACACGCGCUUUUUACAAGUUCGGGCGCUAAAUCGGGAAAGUCCAAGCUCCAGUUUUUACAGUCUGUUGUCAUACCACUUGCGACCAGACAGAGACGCUGCCAGAUUUGGAAUAGCAGCAGACAGCGGGUGGUUGUUUGUCAAAAGUGCAAUAGAUAGGGAGGUUAAAGAUAUGUUCUUGCUAACGGUGUUAGCCAGCACAGGGCAAGGAUACAUGAAGAAGACUGGGAGUGCUACUGUGAGGAUAUCGGUGAUGGAUGAGAAUGAUAAUUCACCGAAGUUCACCCAGGAGAGAGUCUUCAUGGCAGUGAGGGAGAAUCUGCCGGCUGGGUCAGGGUUUGGUCAUGUGAGUGCUACAGACCGCGACAGUGGGGCUAACGGACGGCUAAGCUUUCGGCUCAUGCACCCGGACAGAAACUUCCAGAUCAACCCCCAUACAGGUGAGGUGAGCACCAGGACCAGUCUGGACCGUGAGCAGCAGUCCAGUUACCAGCUGCUGGUGGUGGUCCAAGAUGGAGGCUCACCAGCCCGCAGUGCCACUGGGACCACUUUCAUUACCAUACUGGACGAAAACGACCAUGCCCCCUCCUUCACCCACAGCCAAUCAGGGAAGAGCCUCGUCAUACAGGUCACAGAGGGCCAGGCACCCGGAGCUUUACUGGGCACACUCCAAGCCAAAGACCCUGAUGAAGGAGAAAAUGGAACUAUCUUCUACUCUUUGUCAGGUCCCAGAGCUGAACGAUUCUCCCUGCACCCCUCCACGGGUGAGCUGCUCUCCUCCUCUCCUUUGCUCCAUGGCGACCGCUCUGAGUACAGUCUAACUGCUACUGCUACAGACAAUGGCAGCCCUGCUCUCAGCUCAACCUGUCUUAUCCUUAUACAGAUUCUAAGCUCCAACAGACCUUCUGUGAAAAGCUCCUACUCCUUAACUUUCAACUCUGUGGAGGAGACCAAACCUGGAUCAGUCAUCGGCACAGUCCGCCUUCCCGACCAGGACACCCCCCCGUUACAGGGUGAAGUCACCUAUACCCUGGUUGGAGGUACUGACCACAAUGGAACCUUCAUGUUGGACCGCCUCACCGGAGACGUCUACCUAGCCCGACCAUUGGACUAUGAACUUGACCCGCGAUACACUUUACAAAUCAAAGUCGACGAUUUCUCUCAAGCCCUGCCCACUAGUACCGUGGUCCAAUUGGAUAUCAACAUCGAAGACAGCAAUGACCACGUCCCCAAGUUUCCAGAAGAUCCAAUUACGAUUGUUGUAUCGGAAAACGCAAAAGUUGGGUCAUCAAUUUAUACCUUUCAAGCCGUUGACAAAGAUGGAAGUGGACCGAAUAGUGAUCUUAGCUAUUCCAUUCUUCACCAGUGGCCCAACAAUUUACUCCAUCUUGAUGCAUCUUCUGGUGUUCUCUACCUCAGCCAAGAACUUGACAGAGAAGUGACCUCAAAUUUGGUCUUGGUAGUGAAAGCUACCGACCAAGCAACCAACAUUACCCAAAGGAGAUGGGGGUCAGUGACGGUAAGGGUGUAUGUUACAGAUGAAAACGAUAACGCACCAGUCUUUAGCUCCCCAAACGCAGUCAUUGUGAUGGAGGACCAGCCUGUGGGAUUUGUGGUGCUCUACGUGAUGGCCAGGGAUCCAGACCAGGGGGACAACGGCAGGGUCAGCUACAGUAUCCAGGACGGCAACUCUGGAGGGAUGUUUAGCCUCAACCCCAGUACUGGCACGCUGUCUAUUUCCAAAGCUCUGGACCGUGAGGAGCAGGACUUGUUCAACCUGACCGUGACCGCCGAGGAUCAUGGGAUACCUCCACGGCUCUCCACCCAGACCCUGUGUGUGCACGUGGUAGACGUUAAUGAUGAGGUGCCCUGGUUUGAAGAGAGUCACUACGAGGCCCGUGUGCCAGAGAACCAGCCUGCAGGCACCAGUAUUCUGUCUGUGUCUGCCACUGACCUUGACCUGGGCACCAAUGCACAAGUGAUGUAUGGGGGCAUUUCAGAGGACUUAUUCAGGAUCGAUCCACUCACCGGAGUCAUCAGCACCACCAAGAGUCUGGACAGGGAACUACAGGAAGUCCACACCCUAACAGUGUAUGCUAAAGAUGGUGGCCUGCCCCCUAACUUUGCCAAAGCCACUGUGAAGGUCCACGUGCAGGAUGAGAAUGACCACACUCCAGUGUUUGGACGCCUCUUCUACAGCCUCGAGGUCCCAGAGAACAUGGAGCCCCAGCCCCUGUUCACUCUGAGGGCCACUGACCAGGACGCAGGUCCCAGCGGACACAUCAGCUAUAGGGUCAUAGCUGGAGACCCAUAUGGAGACUUCCACCUGAGCCUCCUCUCUGGGGUCCUGUCUACCUCUCGGCCCCUGGAUCGCGAGCACAAAGCUGGCUACACUCUCACUGUGUCUGCAUCGGACCAAGGCUCCCCUCCCCUCACCUCCACCGUCUCUGUGGAGAUCACCAUCCUGGACAUCAAUGAUCACAGCCCCCAAUUCCAGAGCCCCUCCUACACCGCCGAUAUCUCUGAAGAUGUACCCAUUGGUUCACUAGUCGUCGAUGUGAAAGCAGUAGACCUUGACCAAGGCGUUAACAGCCAAAUUGUGUACUUUCUAAGCCAAGGAUCUAAGAGCAUGUUUAUCAUUGACCAGAAUACAGGUCGCAUCAUCACUGCAGCGCCGUUGGAUCGUGAAAAAGUUGCUUCGUACAGUUUUGAUGUCUAUGCUAUUGACUCUUCGCCGGCAAAUCCGCGAAACUCCACAGCGCAAGUUACGGUUUAUAUCCAAGAUGUAAAUGACAACGCCCCAUACUUCAUCCAAGAUCCACUCAUACUAAACAUUUCAGUCAAUAGCAUGUCAAAUCGUCGAGUUUUAGCGACCAUGAAAGCGGAAGAUAAGGAUUUUGGUGCAAAUGGUUCAGUUUUUUACCGUUUUGCCAAUCCAGUAAGGGGGCUCACUAUAAAUUCACUGACAGGAGAUAUCCAAGUGACGGAGAAGUUGCAAGGGUUGACGCAGAGCCAAAGAACGCUGAUAGUACAAGCCAUGGACCAGGGCAAUCCAGCGCAGUCUUCGCUCGGAGUGGUGGUUGUCUACUUCAGAGAGCAGGAGUACACGGGGAUAAAGUUCUCAAGGAGUGCGAGGGAUGUCAGUCUGCAAGAGAACGCAGCUCAAGGCACAGUGGUAACCCAGACUCAGGCCCAGUAUCCAGACGGCUCCCAGACUGGCAUCAGCUACAGCCUGUUCAGUGGCAACCAGAUGAGCUCUUUUGGGAUCAACCCUAUCACAGGGGAGAUCUGGGUGCAGAAAUCCGAGGGCCUGGACUUCGAGGAGAGCCCUAGACUCCGCCUAGUGGUAAAAGCAGAGACUGCAUCCUCCAGCUCAUACAUGGCGGUGAACCUGAUCUUGGAGGAUGUCAAUGACAACCUACCGCGUUUCCACCUCCAGAACUAUGUGGCCUACAUCAGAGAGGCACAGGGAUAUGACUUCCCCAUUAUACAGGUGUCUGCAGAAGAUCUAGACCAGAGUCAGAACGCUCAGGUGACCUACUCCCUCCGCUCCUCGUCCAUGAGCGCUCUGUUUAAGAUCGACCCAGUGACAGGCAGCAUCAGCACUGCCGCCAUCAUGGACCGCGAGAUCUGGACUCAGACCAAACUGGUUGUCACGGCAAUGGACCGAGGCAUUCCACGUCUGGCCGGCUCUGCCACCCUGACCGUGAUCAUCGUGGACCUGAAUGACAAUCGGCCCAUGAUCCCAGUGCCUCGGGAGGUCCGAGUGCCAGAGGACACCAUGAUCGGCACCAUCAUCACCCAGGUGACGGGGAAUGAUGUAGAUACGGGGCCGGCCCUGUCCUACAUGCUGCAGCUGGAUGCAGACACCGAGGGCCUGUUUGGGAUCCACCGCUUUGGGGGCGGGGUGUCUCUGACCGGGGCCCUUGACUAUGAGAGCAGAUCCUGGUACAGCCUAACCAUCCACUCCUCUGACUCCAAACACCACAGCGAGGCUAACCUGACCGUGCUGGUGGAGGAUGUCAAUGAUAACAGACCAGUGUUUACCCAGGAGCUCUAUCAGGUUACAGUAUCUGAACAUCUCCCAGCGGAUAGUGUGGUCAUCACGGUAACAGCCACAGACAGAGACUCGGGAGACAAUGGAAGAGUUACCUAUAGGGUCGUGUCUUCAACCAGAGGAGCUUUUUACAUCGACCUCAACAAUGGCACUGUAUUUGUCAACCAAAAGACUGAGUUUGACUUUGAGAACCCCUCCAUCCUGGUGCUCGUUGAAGCUCGGGACCAUGGAAUACCCUCUCUCUCCUCCUUUGCUACCAUCCAAAUCCAAGUUUCCGAUAUCAAUGAUAAUGCCCCUAUCUUCCACCAAUCAGAGUACAGAGCCACCAUGUCUGAAGACAACCUCCCCGGCUCCACCAUCCUCACCUUGGAAGCCAUAGAUGGAGACCUGUCCCGGGACAACUGUGGGUUUGACUUUGCCAUCACUAGUGGCAACUCAGGAAACACCUUUCAGAUUGAAAGUAGUGUCCGAUUCCUGGAAGGCAAGGGGUUCCAGACGGUUGGAAGUAUCAUUUUGGUGGAAGAAUUGGACUUCGAAGCCAUACCUAAGUAUAACCUAACUGUGGUGGUGUCCGAUCGUGGAAUACCUCAACAGAGUUCGAGUGUGCCCAUCCUUAUCAGCAUUACCGAUGCUAAUGAUAACCCUCCUGCUUUCAGUCGGGCAGAGUAUAACAUCGUCCUCAGUGAAGGUGUAGCCACCGGGACAGAAAUCUUACAUUUAUCAGCCAGUGAUCCAGAUUCUGCCCCCAAUGGAGAAGUGCAGUACUCCAUCAGUUCAGGCAAUGAGAAUGAACUAUUUCAGGUGGACAUGUGGACUGGUGUGUUGAAACUUCGAAAGACUUUGAGCGGUGAAAGUCAAUCUUCUCAUGUGAUUGUAGUUCAAGCAACAGAUGGUCAGGGUCACUACGCCUUUGUCCCAGUAACCAUUGAGGUAAAGGAUAUCAACGAUAACCGCCCCUAUUUCCCGCUUAAGCAAGUUACUGCAAGCAUCAGGGAGAACCAACCCAAGAAUGCCUUAGUUACGAUUUUGCAUGCCAUUGAUCAUGACAGAGGGCUGUACGGACAGUUAAAAUACUUCAUGUUCGACAAUAGUAAAGACGGAAAGAACGCUUUUCUUAUCAAUCAAACCACAGGCGAAAUACGAACUCGCUCUAGUUUUGAUUACGAAAAGGUCAACUCUUUUAAUUUUGUUGUUGGUGCGAUGGACACUGGGAACUAUUCAGCAACAGUGACAGUUCAAGUUUAUGUGACUGGAAUGGAUGAGUAUGAUCCAGUUUUUACUUCUUCCGAGUUCUUGUUUGAAGUGCCUGAUGGGGCAAAAAAAGGACAGGUUAUCGGCAGAGUCCAAGCCAAAGAUGAGGAUGGGGGUGUAGACGGCAUCGUACUCUACUCCAUGCUAGACCCAUCUCCUUAUUUUGAAAUGAACAAGUCUAAUGGAGAGAUUUCACUAAAGAUGGACAGCUACAGCCGACCUGUUAGCCGUUCUAAAAGAGAGCUACGUCAAAUGACUCUAAAAGUUACAGCGCAUAGUCCCUUAGAGACAUCCCGAGUUGCAGUAGCCAAAGUCAGAGUCGACGUCACCCAUACCACUUUCGGCAUUCACACCGACAUGAAUACAGCGCUUCUUAGUGUAAUUGCAGUAUCACUUGGCACUAUAGUCAUUCUUAUACUAAUCGCUCUAGCUCUAUUUUUUGUCAAACUAAGAUGUCAAAGAAAGUACCACAAGGGUCACGGGCGGAAGUUGGGAUCGAGCACAAUGAUGCAUAAGUUUGAGGAGACCAAAUUUGCCACCAAUGAAAUUAUCUACCACCAAGCCCUCCCAGGAUAUACCUCUGAAAGUAGGAAUAAUAGUGGUCAUUUUACCCGUGGGGGAUCUUUGGACCCAUCCCACUCUAGCGGACGGGGGUCGGCAGAGGUGGAAGUAGCAGAGGAUGAUGAAAUCCGAAUGAUAAACGAAUAUCCGCGAGUUUCCAGUAUUUCAUCGUCCAUGCAAGAGCGGUUAUCGGCCAGAGGUCCUGAUUCCGGAAUCCAGCAAGAUGCGGACCAGUUAUCAGAUGUGUCCUGUGAGCCGUCCAUAGACACUAGCGGGUGGUUGAAGAAAAAAAAAGGCAGCUUAAAUGGGUCAAUAGUGUCAGGUUCCAUGUACAGGGAUGAUGCUAGUAGCUACAUUAGUGUUGGAAGAGGGCUUAACAUCUCCCACCCAAAGGACUAUACCUUCCCGGCGGACGGUAAGCCAGCGGUCGACGGAUCUCUCACAGCUAUCGUGGCAACCGACGAAGAGCUAAGAGGCAGCUACAACUGGGACUACCUUCUCAACUGGUGUCCACAGUUUCAACCACUAGCAAGUGUCUUUACCGAAAUUGCGCGAUUGAAGGACGAAACUACCCCGCAUCAUUCCCGUAGGCACUUCCUCCACAAGGCUAAGCUAACAGAGUCCAGAAUCGACCCACCACCUCUCAUAACCUCAGUGGCUCAUCCCGGGGCUAAAACUGUACCUCCAAAGCCUGCUAUUGGAAGGACUUACCCACACCUGGGGUCUUUUCGGAGGUCCCCCCUUAGUGACCAGGGAUCUAUCUCAUCACUUGCUAUGUCACCAAGCUUCUCGCCGUCCCUGUCUCCUCUGGCGGCGCAUUCUCCGGCCGUCACCCCGUUCAGUGUCUCACAAGGACCAUCCGCAUCGGUUAUAAGUGCAACCAACCACCAUCUUGAACACAGUGAGGAGGGGGACCUGAGGAUUUGAACAAACUUAACUUGUGCCCCGUAGUUGUUGCAUACGGAAGCCCUUUU